AGUCGUCGGCAACAACAUCUAUCCCUAGAACAACGUGAACGGGAUGACAUCCAUCAGCGAGGUUUUCGACGACGGACUCAGGAACGAGUAGACACGGGCGGAGAUUUGUCGGUCAACUUAGAGACAGAACAUCAAACUAACCGAACAAUACUUCAGCGGACGCUAGCAGCACAACAGCAACGCGAUGGGUGA